UUCCUGAAUCCCGCAGCCUUCUCUGUCGCCGCUCUCCGGGGGUCCAGGAGAGAAAUAACUCCAGAAAAUCAGGCGCAGUCUGAUCAAAUCCACCAAUGGGCUGAGUGUGUGGGCGGGGCCAGGAUGAGUGCCGAGCCGCUAUUGGAGGAGCGGCUGAUCAAGCGGUCGCAGCAGAAGAAGAGGAUGUCGCCUCUGAACUACAAGGAGAGGCUGUUCGUCCUCACUAAGAGCCAGCUGACGUACUACGAUGGCCGAGCCGAGAAGAAGUUCAGGAGGGGCUUGAUCGAGCUGAGCAGCAUCAGCUGUGUGGAGGUCGUCAAGGCUGGAGGGAAAAUCCCCUGUCCCUACAAAUACCCCUUCCAGGUGGUGCACGAAGCCAACAUACUGUACGUGUUCGCUCCGAGUAAUUACAGGAGGAAUGUUUGGGUCCAACGACUCAAAGAUGAGAUAAAAGAGAACCCGGGGGUCUUGGUGAAGUUCCACCCUCAGUUCUGGCAGGACGGGCUGUGGCAGUGCUGUGGUCAGGUGGACAAACAGGCGCUGGGCUGCGAGGCCUACAACCCUGCCGGAGAUGUUUCCAGAAAGCCUCUACCUCCAGUUCCUCUAGACGAGUGUAAAGAAGAGAAGGUCCCGCAGCCUCGCCCCGCCCCGCCCAUCCCCCAGUCCAGCAGGGACGAGGAGGGGCAGGUGGUCGUCGCUCUCUAUGACUUCCCCGGCACCGAGCCACACGACCUGCGUCUGGUCAGAGGUGACGAGUACGUCAUCGAGGAGAAAUGUGACAUCAACUGGUACAAAGCACGCAACAAGUACGGUGAGGAAGGCUACAUCCCGAGUAACUACGUCACGGAGAAAACAUCCGGGAACCUUGUGCAGUUUGCCUGGUUUGGGAAACAAGUCAACAGGAACAAAGCUGAGGAGCUGCUGAAGAAGGAGGAUAAAGUGGGAGCCUUCAUCGUGAGAGAGUCCAGCACUCCGGGAACCUACACCGUGUCCGUGUACACCAAGUCUGCCACAGGGAACAAUAACGCUAAGGAGGGAGCCACUCUGAUCAAACAUUACUACAUUAAGGAUACCAAAGGUUCCCCCAAACAGUUCUACCUGUCUGAGAAGCACCUGUUCAACUCCAUCCCUGAGCUCAUCGAGUACCACAAACACAACGCAGCAGGUCUCAUUACCAGGUUGAGGUACCCGGUGGGACAGGAGGAUGGAUCAGCUCCGUCCACUGCUGGAUUCAGCUAUGAAACAUGGGAGAUCAACCCCAGAGAUCUGACCUUCAUGAAGGAGCUAGGUGGUGGGCAGUUUGGUGUGGUGAGGCUCGGGAAGUGGAGGGCUCAGUACAAAGUGGCCAUCAAGACCGUCAAGGAGGGCGCCAUGCUGGAGGAGGACUUCAUCGAGGAGGCCAAAGUCAUGAUGAGACUGUCCCACCCCAACUUGGUGCAGCUGUAUGGCCUGUGCAGCCAGCAGCGUCCCAUCUACCUCGUCACAGAGUUCAUGGAGAGAGGCUGCCUCCUGAACUUCCUGUUGCAGCAGCGGGGCACCUUCAGCCUGGACUCCCUCCUCAGCAUCUGCCAGGAUGUCAGCGAAGGGAUGCAACAUCUGGAGUCCAACAACUUCAUCCACAGAGACCUGGCGGCUCGAAACUGCUUGGUGAACGACAGUCUGGUGGUGAAGGUGUCGGACUUCGGCAUGACCAGAUACGUAUUAGAUGACCAGUACACCAGCUCAUCGGGCACCAAGUUCCCCGUCAAGUGGUCUCCGCCGGAGGUCUUGAACUUCCGCAAGUAUAGCAGCAAGUCGGACGUCUGGUCGUACGGGGUCUUGAUGUGGGAGGUCUUCACUGAGGGACGAAUGCCGUUUGACAAGAAGCCCAACAGCGAGGUGGUUUCCCUCAUAUCAAUGGGCCAGCGGCUGCCCAGGCCCAAUAUGGCCACGCCCACCAUCUAUGACAUCAUGCUGCUCUGCUGGCAGGAGAAACCGGAGAAGCGGCCGUCGUUCUCUCAGCUCUGCCGAAUGAUCUGUGACGCACUGGAGGGCGAGGAACUUCCCGCCAACUGACCAAUCAGACGCUUCUGCGGAUCCCGCUCACUUGCAUCGACUAAUUUGUGGCAGCUGAACGAUUUCAAGGGUUCUAGGACGUUCUGUUCCACAUGGGAUGGACCAAACGCCACGGAUGUCUGCUCCAAUUGAUGAGAAGUUAGAACUCAUGACGAAUUCCCACCGCAACGCCAGACCUGUCAGUGACAGGACAGUGAAAACAGACGUAUUGAAUUUAAAGCUUCCCACCAAAACACCUCCUGGGAUGCUUCUUUUCUCUUUUUGUCUGAUUUAGCUAAAAUAUUUUGUGUAAUUUCCAUUGCUUUCUGCAUAUUGUUUGAAAAUGUAAUGAAUGUAAGAACAAUCUCUCAGAGGAUUUGUUCUAAAGAGAUCCAAACUGACAUGACGAUGAACUGAUCAGACUGCAUCUACGCACUUUCUUGUUUGUUGAAGUAAUUGAAUCGGGCCAAAGGGGCUCAGUCUAAUGUUGUGGGAAAUGUUUGAGAAUGUUGACGAACCUGGUGUACUUGACUGAAUCAGACCGUGGUUCUCCACAGCGCUCCGUUCUUUUAACAUUGACAAGUAUUUUUUUUUUUUUUUUUUUUAAAUGAGGAAACGUAGUCUCAACUGAAGGAUGAACUGCUUUGGUUUUGUUUUACAAGGUGAAAAGCUUUGGAAGUGGUUAUAGCUCAACAGUUCAAAUGUUAAUUUGAAAAAAAAGUGAGGAGGAAUUUUCAGGAUGACUUGGAUUUCAUGUCUUUUCAAUAAACUCCUGAUUCUCUUAUACAUCUCA